UACUGUUUACAUUCUCGCACGUGUAGUUUUAGCUAUUUAGAUACCCUUAUCACAACAAUUACAAUUUUGCAAUCUUGUACAUUUAAUUAAUUCGCACAUUUCGUUGCAAAUUGGAGCGAUUCCCUGACCAUACUAUAUUUAACAGCAAGAAUUGUAGAUACUGUCAAAAAAUGUCUGAAAAUGAGCCGGUCUCUGCCUUUGGGGCUUUUCAGGCGACAAGAUUGCUGUCAGAGUCCAAAAAGAAGUCUAAAAAGCAGUCCAAGGAAAGGUCAGCUAAUGGCGUUAGCAAUGGGAAAAGAAACACACAGGCGGCAGCUGAUGCAGUGGCAAGAAAACACAAUGAAAGCCAAAAAGCAAAAAAAUCAGUUAAAUCAAACAAACUAGAACAGAUAGCCCAAAUGAAGGAGUCGCUAAAACACAACCAAAAUAAAAAUAAAUCGAAGAAAAAUAAGCAUAAGGGGGAUAAAUCCAACAUGGAGGAACAGAUGUUGGCUGCAUCAACGAACAAAAUGACCAAAGCGGAACAGAACAAGAAACAAAAGCUUGAAAGCUAUCUCGCCAGACAAAUGGAAAAGGAUCAAGAUAAUAGCUCAGAUGAUGAUUUCAACAGUGAUGAAGACGGAAAUGGUGUUGAGUACUUGGAAUCUUAUGAAUGCUCCAAUGAAAAUACCAUUGACGAUAGUGGCAACAAUGGGGCUGGGUUUUGGGGAGGUGAUCCAGAAACAGAUGGCACAGUGAAUGGUAAAAACAAAAGAAAACGUAAAAAUUCUGAAACAACCUUACAAAAUAAAACUACCAAAGCAGUUUCUGUUAAAAAAUCGAAGAAGACCGAAGAGCAAAAGGGCCUUAAGUCCGAUGAACUCCAAGUAGAACAAAACAAACAUAAAAAGUCUUUGCCUACUUUUAAAGAAAAAUACCCAACACCCAAAUCGGAAUCUAAAAAGGUUCCCAUAACAUCUUCAGAUGUUAAACUGGAACCCUUGUCCCCUCCCAAUAACAUAGGCAAAGUCAGCAGCAUAGAUGAAGGCAAGCGAGCUUUUCAGUGGCUGCUUAAUCCCUUAUCUGUUGAUGAAUUCAUGGACAAGUAUUGGGAAGCCAAAGCUUGUCUUAUUAAGCGCAAACAAUCAAAUUACUUUUCUCAUUUAAUAUCUUUUGAAGCUAUCGACAAGAUGUUGAUUAAAAAUCAUGUCGAGUUCACCAAAAAUCUUGAUGUUACCUCCUAUGUAAAUGGAAUACGCGAAACUUUAAACCCUGAGGGCCGUGCUAUGCCUCCUGUUGUCUGGGAUUUUUAUGGUCAAGGCUGUAGCAUACGCUUAUUGAAUCCGCAAACAUUUUUACCCGAACUUUAUACUUUGAAUACGACCAUGCAGGAGUACUUUCACUGCCUGGUGGGAGCCAAUGCUUAUUUAACGCCACCAAAUAGUCAAGGUUUUGCUCCUCACUACGAUGACAUCGAAGCCUUUGUUAUACAAAUAGAGGGACGCAAGCGAUGGAGGCUUUAUAAACCACGAACAUCGGCUGAAAUACUACCACGUGAAUCAUCGCAAAAUUUCACACAAAAGGAAAUUGGCAAACCCAUUUUAGAGGAGGUUUUGGAGCCCGGCGAUGUUUUGUAUUUCCCUCGUGGAACCAUACAUCAGGCAUCUACUGAACCUGGCUACCAUUCUUUACAUAUAACACUGAGUGUUUACCAGAAACAAUCAUACGCUGAUUUGUUUGAAAAAAUGUUUCCAUUGAUGCUUAAAAAGGCCAUAUCUGGCAGCGUUGAUAUGCGCAGAGGACUUCCUCUUACAACUUGGCAAAAUGCUGGUAUUGCAUUUAGCGAAAACGAUACAAAAGACCGUGCCAAUUUGGUGGAGAAAGUAAAGCAACUUUUACACAGAAGUAUUAAAGAGUUGCCUUUAAUGGAUAUUCUGGAUGCCGCUGUUGAUCAAGUAGCCAAAAAAUUCCAACACGAGGCUUUGCCUCCAGAGAUCUUGCCAUACGAGAAGGCACGAACUGUUUUUGGUUCCCGUAAUCAUACGAAUGAGAGAGGGGAAUGUGUUUGCGAUUAUGACAUCGAUGAGCGCACUAAUGUCCGUUUACUAAGGGCAAACAUAAUGCGUUUGGUGGAUGAAGAGGAAAAGAUUCGGAUAUAUUAUUACUUGGACAAUUCCAAAGAGUACUGCGAGUACGAGCCCAAUUUUAUAGAAAUAGAAGCUAUGGAAGCAGCAAGUGUGGAAGUAUUAAUCAAGUCAUAUCCGGCCUACAUAGGCGUUUCCCAAUUACCUUUGCCCAGUGAUGAUCAGAAAAUUAAUCUAGUAACAGCUCUGUGGGAACGUGGUUUACUUAUGAUGGAGAAACCAUUCAAAUAAAUUAUUCCAGUUCAAAAAAAUUAGCUUCUAAGACUUUGUUCCUUUUUUGUUUGAAAUAACAUUUGUUUUAUUUGUGAAAAUAAAUUCCUCGCCUUGAUGAAUUUCUUAUA